CUUAAUUUCAGAAUGAGCGCAAAGUCAUUGCUUAUUGUCGGAGCGACAUAUGUCUUGACUGUGAUGGCAAAAUCUGACGUAGAUGAAGCUAUAGUGCAGGAACAAAGAACGAGAUUGUGGAAUCAGUAUCCAGAUUCGAAUGGGAAAUACAUUGUUCCAUAUCAAUUCUCAAAUUCUUCUUACAAAUCUAGCGAGCGCUGUCCGAUCGUAGCUGCUAUGGAGACAAUUGCCGCCAACACAUGCAUUGAAUUCAGACCUCGUAUGGGUGAAGAAGACUAUAUCGAGUUUAUCAAUGGGAUAAGCAUGGGAUGCUUCUCAAAACACACCGGAAGAGUUGCAGGAAAAAAUGCUGUAUAUCUUGAGUCGGAUGAAGAAACAAGUUGCGUGGGUGGCUACGCAAUGAUGCCGCUUUUGGCAUGUUUGGGACUUUAUGGUGAACAUAAGCGAGUAGACAGAGAUAAAUACAUAAAAGUGCAUCUGGAAAACUUGGCAGAUCCACAAGACGAGUCUAUCUUUGCGAUAGAAAAUUCAACGAAAAAGUAUGCCAGCGUUCCUUACGACUAUCUCUCCAUCAUGCACUAUGGAAAAGACGCUUUUGCUAGAGCGAGGACGAUUACCAUUGAAACACUUGAUCCCGCAUUCCAGGAUAUUAUUGGAGAUAUUAAAGAAGAGCCAACUGCUCGCGACUAUGAAAAGAUCAAUGUGCUUUAUCAAUGCAAACAACCUUGAAUCAGAGUGUGAUAAGAUUUUGUUCGUGAAAUUAUGAUUAUCAGUCUUGGAACCUUAACCAUCAAUGAAGCGU